ACACAUGUUGCACAUGUUGACGCGUUGCAUCAAACUGCUGUAAACAUUAUGUUGUAAGCGGCUGAUUUGAAUGGCUGUGGGAGUUCUGUCAUGUUUUCCAUCUGAUAGAAGUUUUAAUAAGCUGUGAAUUAAUUAAUGAGUAUUUGUCGUGUUAUGAAAGCAGCCGCUGUCUUUGAGUGAACCCUAUUGAGCUGGAGAUUAAUGAUGUGUUUCUCCAUGUUGUGUCUUCCAGUUAUGAGAAGUACUACUUGAUGUGCUCACUCACCCACAAUGGGAAGAACCUAUUCAAACCAGUCCAGUCCAAGAAAGUGGGCACAUACAAAAGCUUUUUCUACCACAUCAAAUGGGACGAACUGAUCAACUUCCCCAUAGCCGUGGCUGUGCUCCCGCUGGAGUCCAUACUGGCCCUGACUCUGUACGGGGUUCAGAACCAGAGCGCCAGCGGGUCCCCAGACUCCAACAAGCAGAGGAAGGCUCCCGAGUCCCUGGGCAGAGUGUCUAUGCCUCUGUUUGACUUCAGACGGGUGCUUGCCAGGGGCAGCCGGCUGCUGUGCCUGUGGGCAUCCACCCACGGCGCUGCCACUGCUGGAGGCUCCACAGGCAGCCGCAAGAGGCUUCCCACGGAGAGGAUAGUUCUGCAGGUGGACUUCCCAAACUCACCGGUGGAUGUUCUAUAUGUGGGUCCCAAAGAAGCCCCCAGCCCAGAGCCCCAGGCGCUGGAGGAGCUGGGCCUGGACCUCCAACGCAAACUGGAGAAGAUCUGCAGCAGAGCAUCCAAUUUCGGGUAUUAGAGCGUGAUGCUGUGAAGAUCUGAGUCUAGAUACCAUGAACCUUAUCAUGAUACCUGUGUGAGAAGAAUGCGAACGGAACUUCAGUUUGGAAGAAUGAUUUUGACAUCAGUCAAAGCCAGUAGAUGCUCCGCUUGAUGUGUUCAACAGAUGAGGGUCAGACAUUGAAGCUACAGUAAAGUUUUAACUAAUCAGACUCUUCAUCUUCUUCAUCAGAAACGAGCCGUCCCCAUGUUUUAUGUGGGUUUGGUGGCUGCUAACACUUUCUUGCUGCAUUCCUCCCCCUCAGACCACCUGAUGGACUGCUCUCUCAUACAGUACCUGCUGUCAGCCAAAGGUCCUCCACGAGCCUCAACCAGCACAGGAGUCAAAC